AACAUUAAUACUUGUGCCGACCAUAAUAUCUUACUUCCAUCGCUGACUUGAGCCUGCAACAACGCCGAGUCAUUCUCUUUUCAAAAGCUGUGAAAAUGCUCAAGAGUAACAUUUUUAUUGUGACAUUAGUGGCUUUUAUAACUGUAUCGAAAGUUGAAUCAUAUCCGGCAAUGUCUGAUAGUACUUCAAAGAAAGAAGAAAAACCAGAUUCUUUAUUUGGUUUGCCUUUUUUGGAGUUUAAAAAUGGUGGUGUACGAGUAAAUUUUGCUGGAUAUCAUGCCGAAGCUGGUUUAGGAGGUCUUCUAGGAGCUCCUGGUACAUCAGGAGGACUUUAUGCUGGUGCUGGAACUCCAUCAGGUGCUCAUGCAUCAGCUGAUCUUGGUGGCUUUUUAAAUGGCCAAAGAAGUACUGGUGGCCUUCUUGGGGCUAGAGCAGGAUUGGGUAAUGGAGGUCCAGAAGUUGGAGCAGGACUUGGCGGAAAUCUUGAUGGAACAGAUCCUUCUAAAAGUGGUGGUCAAUUAUAUGCUGGAAAUAGUGUUACAGGAACAACAAAAAUAUCUUUCGGAGGAUCACCAGUUAAUAGGAGUAAUGUUCAGAACGUCCUUAAAAAAGAUAAUCCUGAAGAUUUAAUCAAAAAUUCUAAGGCCAAAAAUGAUGUGAAUGUUAAUAAUAAUGCUGAGUUUAAACGACGAGAGAUUGAUGUUAAUGAUGCUAAUAUUAAUGUUAUCGAUCCAGCACUAUCGACACCAAUUGCUUCUGACGUGUCUACUUAUACUUAUGCAAACCGUCGUUGUCGAAGAAAAAGACUUUGUAAUAAUUUACGAAAAGUAGUCAUUCAACAACAACUUCCUUUUUCUCAAGUACCUGUAAAUUUUGCUGAAGAUGACAGAAUUGUUCCACCGUUUGCAUUCAAUCCAGAAAAAGUUGUUGAUAAUGUCAAGCUAGGUGGACUUGAUACUGCGAAUAGUGGACACAAAAACACUGUUAUUCAUCCUGGACCAGCACCAGUUGUUCCCAAUGUCGCUGGAUUAACACCUAAUGUAUAUGGAUCAGGACCAACCAUAGGAAAACCUAAACCUGGUACACUUUUUGAUGACAUCUUUAAUAUUCCAAUAUCCGUAUUGACUGCAGUAAACCAGUUGCUGAACAACAAAGCAGGUUGAUUAAUUCUACGAAUACUCUCGAUCAUUAAAUUUUUACGUCAUCGGAUGCCUCCAAGGACUUACUUCUUUAAUGCACUAUUUUUUACCAGAUUUUUUAUUAAGUCAAAUCCAUAAUUAUUUUAAAUCUAUUAUUUUCAAUAUUCAAAGGUAACACAAACAGAAUUCAACUAAUAUUUACUUGACUAGUUGUAAAAUAGUUUUAAAUUGAAAAAUUCUUUAUUGAGAAUAUUUCAGUACUUUUACUAGUGCAAAAUUCUCCAAAAGGAAUUAACUUGCCAGUCAGAACUUUUUUAUUUUCAAUAAUAAAUCAACUUCAAUGAUAGAAAAGUAUAUUAACUAUUUAGGAAGACAUUUUGAUUGAAAUUAUUAGAUUUUAUUUUUUAUUCAAAGUAAUACAUUAUAUUUUGAAAAAAGUUUAGAAUAUCAAAUGCUCAAAAAUACUUUAGGUACACUGGAAUAAUAACUGUAUCAGCUAUACUCAUGCCAAGAAAUAUUUAAAAAAUUACUCAAGAAUUAAUUAAUAAUAAAUAAGUUUUAUGCCCAUGAAAUUAACUUUUUUAAAUUUAAAUGAAUUAUUUUUUUAUUGGUCUUAAGAAAUGAUUAUAUGUAAAGGCAAUAUGAUUGAUUGAUUGAUUAGUUCCAACUAAAUCACUUUUAUCAUUAAUCAUACAAUUAAGUAAUGAAAAUAAUUAAUAAUGCUCAGUAAACUGCAUUUUUUUAUAAAAAUAAUUUGUUAAGUACUUAUACACUACUGAUAUCAAGCAUCACAUAUAAUUCCCGUACAAUUUCAUUGUUUCAUUCAGGUCUUGCAUUAGAUGAGUUGUGAAAAAGGUAAACGACAGGACUAUUAUUCAUUUGAUAGCAUAUAAUAUUCAAUAAAUAACAUAACUAAUUUUGUACUGACAAUGUAAAAAGAUUAUUUAAAUAUAUAUCUAUAUAUACAAACAA